CGUGACAGGACCCGGAAGCUGCUAUCCAGGCAGCUAAAAAACCAUGGCUAGGGGUCGGCGCUGAGGCUGCGCGAGGUGGGCUGAGCAGGAGCGGGAGCCUGAGCCGGAGCCCCGGCCGGGCAGAGCCGACCGCUACCAUGUCCACACAGAGGCUUCGGAAUGAAGACUAUCAUGACUACAGUUCUACUGACGUGAGCCCAGAGGAGAGCCCAUCUGAAGGCCUCGGGAGCUUCUCCCCCGGCUCCUACCAGCGCUUAGGAGAGAACAGUAGCAUGACAUGGUUCCAGACCUUGAUCCACCUGCUAAAAGGCAACAUUGGCACUGGACUGCUGGGGCUGCCUCUGGCCGUGAAGAAUGCAGGCCUCCUGUUAGGUCCUCUCAGCCUGCUGGUGAUUGGCAUCGUGGCUGUGCACUGCAUGGGCAUCCUGGUGAAGUGUGCUCAUCACUUAUGUCGUAGGCUGAACAAACCCUUUUUGGACUAUGGGGACACGGUGAUGUACGGACUAGAAUGCAGCUCCAGCACUUGGGUCCGAAACCACUCCCACUGGGGAAGGCGCAUCGUGGACUUCUUCCUCAUUGUCACUCAGCUGGGAUUCUGCUGCGUCUAUUUUGUGUUUCUGGCGGACAACUUUAAACAGGUGAUAGAGGCAGCCAACGGGACCACCACCAACUGCAACAACAAUGUGACCGUGAUUCCGAUACCCACCAUGGACUCUCGACUCUACAUGCUCUCCUUCCUGCCCUUUCUGGUGCUGCUGUCUUUCAUCAGGAACCUGCGUGUCUUGUCCAUCUUCUCCCUGCUGGCCAACAUUAGCAUGUUUGUCAGCCUCAUCAUGAUAUACCAGUUCAUUGUCCAGAGGAUCCCAGACCCCAGCCACCUCCCCUUGGUGGCUCCGUGGAAGACCUACCCUCUGUUCUUUGGCACGGCGAUUUUUGCUUUUGAAGGCAUUGGAGUGGUUCUACCCCUUGAGAACAAAAUGAAGGACUCACAGAAAUUCCCACUGAUCCUGUAUUUGGGGAUGGCUAUCAUCACUGUGCUCUACAUCAGCCUGGGGAGCCUGGGGUACCUGCAGUUUGGAGCUAAUAUCAAGGGCAGCAUCACACUCAACCUGCCCAACUGCUGGUUGUACCAGUCCGUGAAGCUGCUGUACUCCGUAGGCAUCUUCUUCACAUAUGCUCUCCAGUUCUAUGUUGCGGCUGAGAUCAUCAUCCCAGCCAUUGUGUCCCGAGUGCCUGAGCAUUUCGAGCUGAUGGUGGACCUUUGUGUGCGCACUGCCAUGGUCUGUGUGACAUGUGUUCUGGCCAUCCUCAUCCCCCGCCUGGACCUGGUCAUCUCCCUGGUGGGCUCUGUGAGCAGCAGCGCCCUGGCCCUCAUCAUCCCGCCCCUGCUGGAGGUGACCACCUACUAUGGAGAGGGCAUUAGCCCCCUGACUAUCUUCAAGGACGCCCUCAUCAGCAUCCUGGGCUUCGUGGGCUUCGUGGUGGGGACCUACGAGUCUCUGUGUGAGCUGAUCCAGCCAAGCCAUAGCGACUCCUCCACCAAUUCUACCAGUGCCUUCAUAUAAGGAUCUGGGUGUGCUCCCUUCACCUGCCUAGCCCCACCCUGUGUGUCUCCCAGUAGUGUCCCCACAUCCUCAGGUAUGGUUCAGCCUCUGGAAAAAGGCACGGUUGCUGCCUGUACACUCCUCUAUCUGGCAUUGGACCCUUGGGUAACUGGGCUAGAUAAGACUGAGACUGGGGGGAGGGUGGGGAGCAGACCCUCCACUUGUGAUGGUGCCGUCACUGCUCUCUUUUAUCAUGCCUCCUCCCUUGGCACUGUCCCCCUCCCUCCCCCUCCACCCCCCGACCUGCCUCACCUAAAUUAUUCCCAUUGCACAGCUCACUUUAUUUAAAAGGUAGUUUCCUGCUCCCGAUGUUUUCUCCUCUCCAGGGCCAGGCCUAGAUUAAAUAAGUGGGGACUCUCAUGUUUUACAAAGCCAGGUCUCUUUCUCAUAGGGCUCCCAAAUGCUGUACCUCACUGUUCUACCCAGCUGAGUCCUGAAAGGGUUCUGAUGUCCCCCACUCCCAAGUAGUUUACAGCUAGCCCUGAAUGCUGAAGGUUUCCAUCUACUGACUGGCUUGGGGAACCCACAGGCCACAUUACCUCUUUUCUCAUUUCCUCUGUGUAGGUCACAGUGCUGCCCCUUGAUUCCUUUAACUCUUAAAGAUAAUGAGCUGCUGCCCAGACUGGAGGUAUUUAUAGUGUAUUUAAGCUUAGGUUUCGGGCUCUCACUUCAGACCUGGCAUCAUGGUGGAUUGCUUUUCCUUCAGCAGCUUGCACUUGGCUUCUCCUGCCACUAAAAAAAAAAAACCUGCUCCAGGGGACCGUGGAAAUGCCCUCCACCCUCUUGGCCAAGUGGCCUAGAGGCCAUUUUAUUUGUUUGUUUUGUUUUGUUUUUUUUUUGUUUUAAGACAGGGUCUCUUGUCACCAGAGUUGGCUUUGAACUUGUUCGCUAUGUAGUCAAGGAUGAUGAUGAACUCUUGGUCCUCCCGUCUUCGUCUCAAGUCCUGAGAUGACUAGCAUGAGCUGCCACACUUAGCUGCCUCAGAGAUCUUAGGCAGACUGUGUGAGCAUGCACCGUCUCUGGAAGACCCAUGCACGAGGGCACUUCCACUCAUGAGGUUGACUCCAUAUGGACACUUGGAAGUACUUGUGCUAUGCAAGGCUAAGGACGGUGUGCAGUUCCUCUUCAUAGACACUACGCACAAGGGUCAUUGUUUACAGUUCCUGGGGAGAGAGCAGAAGCCCUGCCUUGCCCCAAGCUGCCUCUGUAUCCUGGGCUUCCAAGGAACCACUAGACACUAACUGUGGCCCAUACCUGCCCCUAUUAUGCCUCUCACAGAGUCACCUGGCUUCUAGGUCAGUCACCUUAGGGUGCGCCUUUAGAGGCCACUGAGAGAGUCCGUGGCCUGCCACUGCUCCCCUGUUGAUAUCAGGAUUCCCAAGGACGGUUGUUAGCUCCCCAUCUCUGAGUUUUGUGUGUGUGUGAUUGUGGACACAUGACAGAGCAGUUUGUGUCUCCUCCUCCCUGGUUACCAGGCCCUUACCUAGAGAGAGGAUUUGCCUUGAACCUUGAGUUCAAGAAAGAAGCAAGAACCUAUCAGGGUGUUGCUUUUGUGUUUGACAGAAGCUAGAAAGACCGUGGCCCAACCUUGCAGCCCAGACCCUUUCUGCUGCUCUGUCCAGAGCCUGCUGAGUGACUUCCAGGUCACAGGAUGGGAAGGAUGGUCUCUGGCUACAACAACAGCUGGCCUUAGCAGUGUUGCUAGGAGGCAGUGCUGUCUUGGCCCCGAGGAGAGCAAUGCUUUUUUUCCCUUUCUGGCAUCAGCAUCCUCACAGGUGCUCAUGUGGCCUGGUGCCAGCUGGGAUUCACAAAUGCCUUGCUUUUUGAAGUCUCAGGCUAGAAAAUGACCCAAGUAGGUUCAGACGCUAGCCAGCAACCCAGCUGUGAGCCAGGCUCUCUCCUAGAGGCCAUCUGAGCUUGGUUUCCUAGGUGGGAGGAAAGUAUAUUCAGAACUGUUAGAGACACUCCCACCCAUGUCUAGACCCAGUGCCCAAGGCCAGCUAUCUCUUCAGGGGCCCUGGACUGAUACCGUGUGGAGUGCCUUCUGUAGCAUUUGGCUGAUGGCAGCUCCCUUGGUGCUUUGGUGUGGCCUACAUCUUUUGAUCUCUUGCUGUGCUCCUGAGGCAUUGCCAGUUUGGUGACUUGACUCUGAGCAAGAUCAGGGCCUUUCUGGAUGGACACCAGGAAGCUGCUAAGUACAUAGCGCCAGGCUCCGCACACAGUCCAGGCGCCCACAGGAGGCCUGAGUCAGAACCCUCCUGACCCCUCCCACUGUCAGUUUGGAGCCAGAUGGCCCCUGGUGAGACAACACAGAUAAAUGGGAGUUUGAGCAGAACAAUAUAGACAAGGCUUGUAGAGACUAAGCCUGAAUCCAGAUGCCCCAGGGGCAGACAUGCCCUGUCCUUGUCUGUACCCAAAGUUUAUCUCCAGAGGCCUGUUAUCCCAGAGUUGAAUGUGAGCACUUGCUAGGAAGCGUGUGAUCCAGCCUGAGCGACCCACCGUGCCCUUAGCUGCGGCAUCACUUGGGCUGCUGUCUAGAUUGGGAGAGGUAGAGGUUAGCUUAGGCCCACCCAUCUCCCCUCUCUAGCCACACUUAGGGCAGGUCCUCCCCAUCUGCUCUCUUCCCUGAAAGUCUUGGAUUAAGUGUGAUCAGUGGUCUGACGGUAGACCCCAGAGCCUAUCCUUAGGCCCUCUCAUCCUCAGACUUCUCCCUCCCUUCAGUGUCUACUCUUUAGACACCAUUGUUUCGCCUGAUCCUUCCAGGAAGUGCAGAGCUCAGAUCGUGUUUACAGCAUUCACUAUCCCCCUCGCACACCUGCUGCCGAGGGCUCUGGACACUGGGUUUGCUUUCCCUACUGGCCAGCCCCAGUCACCACUCCCACUGGGACACUGAGGCUUUCUGGGGCCUGAUACGGGAACCAGACAGAGUGGUAGAACAUGGAGAUCAGGAGGGUGGCGCCAAGUUGGCUUGACAAUUUAAUUUUCCAAAGUACAUUACAAAUCAGAUACCAUUAGGAGAAAGCAGGCCAUGUGGCUCGUCUUUGAAACUGUGGUCAAUACUUGAAGGCACUCUAGCCCUGCUGGCCGUGCCAGCUUCCGUCUGGCCGGUGUCUUCUUUUUCUGUGUAUCCCAAGUCAUUCCCUGGCCAGAGACAUUAAACCGUGCUCAUAGGCAGUUACCAGAAAAAAAGAAGCAGAAAAUGAGCCUGGAAGGAACCUGGUGUUUGCCCUGUUCUUUGGUUGAAAUCAAGCUGAUGUUGAAGAAACUAGAUUUUUUUUUUAUGAAUAAUAAAAUCUCAUGUCUGUAUUGUAAAACUGUCAGUAGAUGUUCGAAUCAAGGAAUGAGAGAACUGCCAUAAAGAGAGUCUUAACGGCCAGACAGUGCUGUAUGCUGUGUGCCUACUCGGACAUACAUUGCAUACACACGUAGGUCAUGUCAGAGCUUCUAGAUCUUAUUUGGGUUGCACAUAUGGAUCUUGUGUUAAAUUUCCACUUCAAUAAAUGAAUUUUAUUUUUUAUUUUUG